AUGGCCAGUACUAAUCUGGUGUUCACAGUUCAUAUGAUUGAUACAAAUAAUCAGCAGAUCGUAAAUGUAUCCAGCCAACUGGUUCGCACACAAAAUAUUAACCAAACACAUAGUGAGCUGGUCAUCCACACGUACAGAGUGACAGCUCCCAAAUCGUCGGACGUGGUGGGUCCGCUUGAUUGUGCUUGUAAGCUAUUUUUGAGUGAUAUUCAAUUGUCCCGCGAAGAUAUGCGUAACCAAACACCGCAUUUUCAAUUGCAGAAGACACGACGUAUACACAUUGACGUAAGAUUGAAACCGAUCAUUUUCGAGAAACAAACUGUUUGUGAACGUUCAGAUAUAGAGAAAGCUCUGCACGCCCAGGCGGCUUCUUCAAUAUCCAGUGCAUUUGCAUUCCACAAGGCUACACCAAAGCUCUUAGAAGAUAAUCAAGCAUUUUUCGCCCAUAGAACACAUGCACUGUUCAUGGACUCUGGAUUAUACAGUUGUUCAGUUUCCAAUUGUCAAUCCAUUCCGAAGUGUGUUGGUGUUGAAGAACGUCAGUUGAUUGUUCUACCUGAUUCUUCAAUCAUACAAAUGCGAAUUCAUGCCGAGUUAGACCCGAUGUGGCGUGAACAACGGUGUCGGUCGCACACGAAUGCCCCCGUCAAACCAGGGGACUGUGUACCCGUCAGUUGUCAGUAUCCAAUAGCACAAGGGCUUCCUAUCAAAUUGAGACACGGCAUUUUGCAUGGUAAGGCCGAUGGUGCUCAACCGUCAAACGGAACACUUAUAACACUCGGGACGUUAGUAAUUGUCAGGGUUGGCACAAUAUCGAAUGCUGCAAUGAAUAUUUCUGGUAUUGUGACAAUGCCUAGUGAAGUGAGAGGAAUUCAGUUGUGGCAAGUCACUUGUCAGUUAUCCUAUGACAAAUUCAGCAAAGUAGACAGUCUCGCUGAAACAAUUUCCGGAUCAUCAAUUUCAAAAACAAAAAUUCUCCAAGUUUUCCAGCCGAUCAAACCGAAAUUGCUCCACGAAUCUAUUCAAUCGGACCGCACGGAAGUAGCAGAAAAAUUAAAAAGUGCAGAUGCAAAGUGUCCUGAUGGAGUCGCAUUCCGACGUGGGGGUGUCGAAAAUCUUUUGGAAGAGGGUUUGAUGACUGUGCAGUUUGUUGUGGAUAAAGGAGUUCCUGAGGGUUGGGUGUUGGUUUGGCUGGUACAUCAGGAAGGUAAAACCACAGUUACUGAUUCGUGUCCCCGGAUACACAAAAAAUCUGCAGCUGGUCUGCGAGGUAAUGAGCAAACUGUUGACGCAAUGCAAGUGUCAGCCACUUGUGUGCUUCAGCUGGAACAUGUUGCAUUGUUCGUUGCCGUUGUGAACAUCCCGGGAACCGAUUUGAACAGGAGCUUAGUGGAGAGUGAACUGCGUGAAGCAGUAAGCAUGGAUGUGCAUCAGUGGCUUGAAAAUGAUCAAAUAAAUCAAUCCUAUUUGGAAAAUACAACAUGUUUCAAUAAAGAUUAUCGAAUGAUUCAAUUGAGGGUGGGUUGGAGAGCCUCUGUAACUCUGGGAUCAGCAGUACUCAUGAAGGGUCGCCUCCGACACAGUAGGCUUGCGGAUAUUCAGUGCUAUCGUCGCGAUAGCUUAAAGACAGAACCAAAACCUAUUCAGAAGGCAUUGGAUAUGAAAUCAAACGAAACAUUGGAUUAUAUUACGCUGCGAAUCCAAAACGCUCAGUACGAUGAUAAUGGAAUCUAUCACUGUAAUACCACAAAUCAGUCAAACAGUGACGCUAACACAGUUAUUAGUGCUCGAAAACUAAUCGUGCUUCCUGAUGAAACAGCAGUUAAGUGCGCGCUCACCUUAGACAGUCAAGGACAGGAAGAAGUGUCGGAUAAACAACAAACAAGUGAUGGUAUUCCUUUUCUAUUGGCCAAUCAGACUGCCUAUGCUCAUUGUGAACGAGACGAAACCCUGACGAAAAUUUUUCCCUCACAAAAUCAAUUCCACUAUCUGAUGAAAAAUGAGCAGACCAAUCAGAUGCGAGAGCUCGAGAAGAAACAGUUAAAAGAUUUUGAGGCGGAAAAUCCUUCGAUAAGACAGUCACAUCAGAUAGUGGCUGUUCAGUCCAAAGAUUACACUGGAUUGCUGAGUAUAAGAUGUGGCACAUUGUACAACGGACUGUCUGUACCGGUUGAUCUUGUGAAACGAAACGAAACUAGUAGUGUGGAAUGUAACUUUGCAUUCACAAUUCAAGAACCAGCCACUGGGAUGCCAACUAUUUUGACGAUAGUAACAGAUUACGAGCAUCAACCAGUACCUCUAGACACGGAAUUCACCUGCGCUGGUGGUUAUGGAUUACCUCCAUUGAGUUAUCGAUGGGAACCGUACAAUGUGUUAAGGUAUGAGGAAGAUUCCAACGGUCCAGAUCUAGCUAGUCUUUUGCCGGGCAGUGAAGGCGGUUGGGGUGGACCAAAACAACCCUUCACUGAUACUCCUUCAGAAGGAUUAAUAUUACGCGGAGAUAAACUACGCGUUCCUGAUGAUCCAAAAUAUCGAGGUAUGACUUACGCUUACACAUGCAUUGGAACUAAUGAAGUGCAGGGACAAGCAUAUGAAAUUCGUAAAACAAUUUCGUUUUCAAUCGCCAUAUGUCCGACAAAAUACGUCAAAAUGGAUUUAUCCAUUCUGCUCACUCGAAAAUUACUCGCAUCUUGUGCACUUGCUGGCAGUCCAGACCCAGAUAUUCAUUUUUAUGGACACUACUUUUUAACUUUUGUGCGCCAGAUAAUCCUAGGUUUACCUUACGGAAAAAAGAAUACUGAGUUCAAUAUUUUGGUGGAUGAUAUAUUCAGUGAUAAAGCUGAUUCCAAUUCAUUUGGAAAAUCUAUUCGAUUUGAAGACAAACUUUCGCGAAUCGAACUAGCAAGACGUUUAUACUCUCGAGAUGUUAAACCUACCACGAUGAGUUCGGGUUGCGAUGCUUCGAGAAUUUCAUUAAAGGAAGUUAUCAAGGCAGUGAUUAAAAUGCGACCACAAAAACCCAAACGAAAACAUAUCGUUCUGCUCACUUUAGAUAGAUUUGUGAACAUGGACCUGUUAGACGAGGUUAGACGAGAUGUGAGCUCCCUGGAAACACGUGGUACACGAAUCCUUUUGGCCGUGACUCAUGCGAUGACAAGUGAACGAGAGAAAUUACACAAUGAGUUGCUACACACACUAAACCCUAUUAAUUUUACUACUAUUUUGCCCACCUUUGAAUCAAAUGCAUUGUGUGAAUCCUGUCAACCACAGUGGGAUGACCCAGUGCUCCGCAUCAAACGGGAGUCAGUGUUCAAUGCAUUAUGUGAUGCUGUGGGAAGUAGACUGACACCACGGGCAUCGGUUCCGGAUUUAAGAUUCCCGCUUCCACGACACAACUGGUUUAUUGGUAUGGAGUUGGGAAUAUCCUGUUUGGGCAACCUGACACAACGUCAGGAGGAGCAUGUUGUUGCGGAGUUGAUUGUUUGUCAUACAAACCAAACAUUGGUGAAUGAGUUGACGAAGAAGCGACUCAGCAUUCAACUGCUGCUCAACGCGUGCAAACAUAAAUUGGCUUCCACACAAAAGACUAUGCAUCAGUCGACAAAAUCCAUGGCUGUCGUGACAAGUACAGUGUUGGAUCCAGCUAGGGCGGAUAAUGUGAUACUUUGUAUACAACGUCAAGGUGAUCCAGAGCCACAGCUGUACGAUGCAGUCAAUUAUGCCUGGACCAAAUUGACUAUGAUUCAACCAAAAGUCAGAGGUGUGAGGUUGGUGAUGGCAACCUGGCCAAAUGUGACCACAAGGGCAGCUGCACUUCAGUGUCACACGAGCGGUUUUGCUCCGGGAAUGGAAACACUCUUUCUAUUGAAAAAAGAAUCACAAAAAGACGAUCCUCAAUCCAAAUUGUAUCAUGUGCUCGGGCGACAAACAGGAGCACUAACUGCUGUCGGAACUUCCAAAUUCGUUAGCAUCUCGUGGCUUGAGAUCGAUUUGGAUAUGACUGAUGCACGAUUGUAUUGUCUUCUGUGGCCCAAAGCUAAAACCAAAAGCAAUCUGAAGUCACUUGACCGAUUGCCAGAACCCUCAGACAUGGUGCAUAUAAGUAAACCGAUCACAAACUUGCUUAUCAUUCCCAGUUGUCCAACAGCACCGAAAAUCACAUUUGAACCAGAUCUAGAAAAAUCUCUGUACCCUGAAAAAACACGACUGGAUGUGACCUGUGAGGGUGCGGCUACUGCGGAUGCACUUCCAUUUAAAUUGUACUAUCUAUCAUCAACAUUUUCCAUCAUUAUAUGUAGUCACGAAUCUGUCGGACAAACGAGCUUCCAAAAUGAUAUGCUACCCGAACAGGAGGUUCCAUGUUCUCUGACCUCCCACUCGGAUACUCACUGUACCAAAUUAAUCCAGUAUAGUAAAGUCAAUGAAGUUUACUAUCCAGCUCGAUGCACAUUUACUCGGCGACAUGACGUGAACAAUGUGUUUCGUCGAGUUCAAUUGGCAGUGACCAUGCUUAGGAGAGAAGACUUUGGCGCGCGUGUCUUCUGUGAGGUGAUUGAUUUGUAUGCUGCCAAAUCGGCAGGAGACAAAGGUUCGGUCGAUUUGCGCAGUGAAGUGAAAACAGUUACAUUUUCCAUGCCCACGCAAAUCCUGCAAUUUUUCUAUCAACCCGAAUCAGAGAUCUGGAUAUGCAAGGCAGCAGCAUUUCCGUUUUCCGAAAGCGGUUCGAUCGAAGUAAUGCAUACCAGUACAGUGUGGUUAGAGAAACAACUGGGCUAUUACGAUUACAUUAUCAACUUGACGCAGCCACAUAUAUUACACCGAAACCUGCUACCGAAAAGAGAGUUGGUCUAUCUGAAUCACACGAUUACCAUCAGUUUUGUGCCCAGUUUUGAAAUACCUGGUGGGCUUCGAAGCGGUCACAUGACAUUGCGUUGUAGUUUGGGCAAUGCACAGAGCAAUUUAACUACAACACUCCCAAAUCGUACAGAACCAGAAGAACCCAUCAAUAAAGUACCCUCAGUUCCUGAGGCUGGAAAAGCAAUGCAUUUUAGUUGUCAAUUCCCUGAAGUCAAAAUGAAUACAACUCAUGCCGCUUUACAUAGAAUAAUACAUACCUCUUGGCUUAGUUAUGACAUAACUGUGAGUUAUGCGCGUUUGAUAAGACACAGUGAAGAAAACGAAUGGGAGAGAAUACCCGAUCGUCAAUUGCGCAUGCAUGGAAUGGGAUUAUGGGGUGCUGGCAUGCUCGGUCUGACGACGAUGAUGACAGCUAACGAAUCAAAUGAGAAAUCCGUCGGAUUUACUUCAGCUUUUACUGUUGCCAAGGCAGAAGUGAGUUUACGUUGUGUUACCAAAUAUACAUCAAAGAUACACCAAAGAUGA